CCUGAAAUAGUCACCAUGGGGGAGAAUGACCCGCCUGCGGCCGAAGCCCCCUUCUCCUUCAGAUCCCUUUUUGGCCUUGACGACCUGAAAAUAAGUCCCGUCACACCAGAUGCGGAUGCUGUAGCCGCACAGAUCCUGUCCCUGCUGCCCUUGAAGUUCUUCCCAAUCAUCGUCCUUGGGGUCAUCGCAUUGAUAGUAGCUCUGGCCGUGGGUCUGGGCGUCCACUUCGACUGCUCUGGGAAGUACAGAUGCCGGUCGUCUUUCAAGUGCAUUGAACUGACGGCUCGAUGUGAUGGUGUCUCAGACUGCAAGGCCGGGGAGGACGAGUACCGAUGUGUCCGCGUGAGCGGUCAGAACGGCGUGCUCCAGGUGUUCACGGAGGCUACCUGGAGGACCGUGUGCUCUGACGACUGGAAGAGUCACCACGCUACCGUCGCCUGUGCCCAGCUGGGGUUUCCAAGCUACGUCAGUUCAGACACCCUCAGAGUGACCAUGCUGGAGGAGCAGUUCCAAGAGGACUUUGUCUCUGUCAACCACCUCUUGCCAGACGACAAAGUGACCGCUCUGCACCAGUCGGUGUACCUGAGGGAAGAAUGCGCUUCGGGUCGUGUGGUCACCCUGAAGUGCACAGUCUGUGGUCUGAGGAUGGGCUACAGCUCUCGCAUCGUGGGUGGAAACAUGUCUUCACUCGCGCAGUGGCCCUGGCAGGCCAGCCUCCAGUUCCAGGGCUACCAUUUGUGUGGAGGCUCAGUCAUCACCCCGGUGUGGAUCGUCACCGCCGCCCACUGUGUCUAUGACCUGUACCUCCCCAAGUCAUGGACCAUCCAGGUGGGCCUCGUUUCCCUGCUGGACAGCCCAGCCCCCUCCCACCUGGUAGAAAAAAUUAUCUAUCACAGCAAGUACAAGCCGAAGAGGUUGGGCAACGACAUCGCCCUCAUGAAGCUGGCGGAGCCGCUUGCCUUCAAUGAGAUGAUCCAACCAGUGUGUCUGCCCAACUCCGAAGAGAACUUUCCUGAUGGAAAAGUGUGCUGGACGUCGGGAUGGGGGGCCACUGAGGAAGGAGCUGGUGACGCCUCCCCAGUCCUCAACCACGCAGCUGUGCCCCUGAUCUCCAACAAAAUCUGCAACCACAAGGAUGUGUACGGUGGCAUCAUCGCCCCCUCCAUGGUCUGCGCCGGCUACCUGAAAGGCGGUGUGGACAGCUGCCAGGGAGACAGUGGGGGACCCCUGGUGUGUCAGGAGAGGAGGCUGUGGAAGUUGGUGGGAGCAACCAGCUUUGGCAUUGGCUGUGCGGACGUGAACAAGCCUGGGGUCUACACCCGGAUCACCUCCUUCCUGGACUGGAUUCACGAGCAGUUGGAGAGGGACCUGAAAACUUGAAGAGAAGGGACAAGCCACUGCGCUGAGCUCCUGCCACAGUGGAGAAGUCCCCGUCCCUCGGUGGAUUCCCAGCUGGAACUUUGGACACGAGCGAAUGCUUUCAGUGCUCCGCUUUCUGGCACCACCGGCAGAGCCGAAAGGUGGAGCGUCCCUGCAUCUAGAACAAUUUGCUUCUAACACCUUGGACAGGCCACUGGGCCAUUGGACUAAAAUGACCUUGAAGUGCCUUUCUGACCUUCACUAAGAACAAAGACAGGAAUGCCUGGGAGGGCUGCCCUUUCCCAUUGUCCAUUAGGUUUUCUCUACGGCCUCCCUCCAACUCGAGUGACGACAUCAGCAAACCUGCCAUGCAGACUGAUGGACGGUCCAGCUGCUCGGUGAGGGAGGGCCGGCCCGGAGCCGCAGGAGCCCGCCACUGCAGACACCUCCGUGCCCACACGGUUAUCCCUGCGCAGGUGUCCCGCUUCUGAGAUCUGUUGCGGGAACUUCAUCUCCAAAUGACUAGUUUUAAGGUGUAUUUCUAUUCUAUUUUGUAGCCCGUGGUGCCUGAUGUAUUAGUGUCCCUUUCUUCCACAGGACACAUGCCUCGGUCACUCGGAGCCUGU